GCGUCGCUCGAUACUUUGUACCGGCCCAGCAGGAAAUUUGCCCAUCAAAUAUUAUCAUCAUCAUAGUCAUUCAAGCUUUGACAUCAAGUGGCUUGACUAGAUUUUCAAACUCUAUUACUGCUCGUCCAUUUCGUUCUCUCUCCUCUCCGUUUCUUUCUGCGACUAUCACACGGCACGUGAUCACCCAUUGCAUCCCGAGUUGUCGAUAACUCAAAGAAAGAUAUAUUGCCGCGUCUUAAAACUCUUAAAAGAAUUUCCCGUCGUUUCUUUUCUCUUUCCCCUCUAUAUUAGCGCUUUGAUAACCAUGGCGUUUGCGGUCAUUAAUUCCGCGCAACAAAAUGCAUCACUGAAUCAGCAGCCGCUCCGGACGUCGGAUUCCCGGGGCUCAUCAGCGCCCAGGACCAAGGCUUAUGCGCAAGCGUUUGGGUCCAGAUCGGAUAUCUUGAAUGAUAUUGUUGAAAUCAUUCGUAGUCAACCACAACAGGCGGAUCUCUUCGACAGAAUAGCCGCAUUCACAAUUGAGCUCCAGGGAAAGAUCCCUUCGUCCAAUGGCGCAGUCCAUCAACAGCUGGACACCCAGGGGCCUAGCAGCACUUUGAACUCAAAAAAGCGAAAGGCAGAAGAGGAACUGGACAAGAACGCUUUGUCUUCAGCCUCGGCCAAUGGCGAUGUCUGGAAGAACACGAGUCUCGCCUUUUCCUCCAAGGACAUUUCAUUUUCUGUCCCAUUGAGGAAGAAAAUGACGCUCGAAGUAUCAGGUGAUGUCAACGUUGGCAUUCGCGCCAUCAAUCAGGCUUCUGGCGAGCAGGAGCUCAGUAUUGCCUGGAAAUCCAUAGAAACAAUCAUAUGUCUUCCCGUUCCUGAAAAGGCCCAACGACAACACAACUUUUGCGUGUUUCCGACCUUGGACGCCCAGCGCACCGCGUCGCCCGCGGAGCCCAUCGUCUGGACAGUCACAGACGCGCCUAUCCCGAAGAACGCAACACCCGAGGAAGCCAGCCAGCAUCAGAGCUCCGACAAGGCAGUCACGAGCGCUCUGAACCAGGUCCUGUCCAAGCUCGGGAAAAAGGUCAUAUACACGGAUGAAAACGAAUUCGCGAGCGCCCUCGUGCAGCCGCACAGGAAACACGAAAAAGCAUACCAUGUCAAAGCGUUUAGAGGGAAUAAGGAUGGCUACCUCUUCUUCCUUUCGACGGGUAUAGUAUGGGGCUUCAAAAAGCCCCUCGUCUUCUUCCCGCUCGACUGCAUUCUCUCGGUCUCAUACACGUCUGUGCUCCAGCGCACAUUCAACCUCGUCAUUUCCGCCUCAACUCCCAUUACCAGUCCCAGCACCCAAACUCCUUCUUCAACACAAACAGACGAGGCAGAAGAGAUUGAGUUCUCGAUGCUCGACCAGGCCGAUUUCCCGGGCAUAGACGAGUACAUUCGUCGCCAUCAACUGCACGACGCCAGUAUGGCCGAACAGCGACGCGCCAAGCGACUGAAUAUCAACGGCGCUCCGUCGGGCGGUUCUGCUGCAGGACCAAAGGACGAAGGACAAGCGGCAGGAGACGUAGCGGACGAAGGAGAAGAGGAGAGCGAACUCGUCAAGGCCCAGCGACAGAUUGAAGAUGAAGAAGACGAGGAAGAGGAGGAUUAUGAUCCCGGCAGCGAGGGCGAGAGUGAAGGCGAGGGAAGCAGUUCUAGUGAAGAAGAAGAUGAGGAGGAGGGGGAUCUAGUGGAGGAGGAACUGGGCAGUGAGGCCGAAAUGGUCGAUGCUGAUGACGAGUAGUAGUUGUUGUUGGGUAAUCAAUCAUUUUUGUAUCACAUGCUGUACUCCAUACAGUCACAUUGAGUUUAAAUCAUAUCUAACAUUGAGCCAAGUUUCAUUGAGCAUUGAGUCACCUUUCAUUUAACAUCGACUUAAUAAUUAUCCAGCAAGACAAUAAGGUCCUCUUACUAGUAUACUCCUUUUAUACGUCGGCUUACACAAAGACUUGCUGUAUGAAAAAUUAAAACAUAUGAC